AUGCUGUCAUACAUCAUGAACCGGUUGGCUUUGCCGUUGGCCAUCCUCGCAUUCUUCUUAUCCUUUGCCAAUGGUCUUCCCCACGAAGCACGCGACGCGCUCGUUGCGCGGAAGACGACCAACCUCCGCAUCUUGCCUCUAGGUGACUCAAUCACCUGGGGUUAUAUGAAUGGCGCUGGCACGAACGGAUAUCGUCAGCAACUGCUCAAUGACCUGAAGGCCUCCGGUAACACCGUCGACUUCGUCGGCACGCAACAGUCUGGAACGAUGGCCGAUAAAGACAACCAAGGCUUCCCCGGAUACACGAUCUCACAGAUCCGCGGUGUUGUUGCCGGCGGUCUGGCAUUCAAGCCAAACGUCGUCUUGCUCCAUGCCGGCACCAACGACCUGAACCGUGGAAACCCUGCUUCAGAACCUGAUGCUGAUGCGCCGAGACGACUUGGACUUUUGAUCGAUGAUGUUUUGAAGGCAGUUCCGAAUGCGGUUGUUAUCGUGGCUAAGAUUAUCCCGUCAAAGCAGUCUGGCCUUAAUGCUACGAUCAAGACCUUCAACAAUGCGUUGCCUGCUAUCGUUGCUGCCAGAGUCAGCAAGGGAUCAAAGGUUUCGAUUGUCGAUAUGAAUGUACUCAACUCAAACAGCGAGCUGGGCGAUAACUUGCAUCCGAACGCUGCGGGUUACUCGCGGAUGGGCGACAUCUGGAAUGCUGGAAUCAAGGCUGUUGCAGACUCAAUCCCUGCACCUGCUUAG